CGCGUCCCCGGGGCGGCGGCAGUGCGCAGGCGCGGGCCGGUAAUGGCGGCGGAGGAGGCGGCGGUGCGGGCGCAGGCGGAGGCGGUGCGGCGGCUCAAGCAGGAUAAGGCCGAUCCCGACGAGAUUGCAAAGGAGGUGGCGAAACUGCUGGAGAUGAAGGCACAGCUGGGGGGAGAUGAGGGGAAACACAAGUUUGUGCUCAAGACCCCGAAGGGCACACGGGACUACAGCCCCAAGCAAAUGGCCAUUCGUGAGAGAGUCUUCAAUGCGAUCAUCACCUGCUUCAAGCGCCACGGAGCAGAAGUCAUUGAUACUCCAGUGUUUGAGCUGAAGGAGACGCUGACAGGGAAAUACGGUGAAGACUCAAAGCUUAUCUACGAUCUGAAAGAUCAAGGAGGAGAGCUGCUGUCCCUGCGCUACGACCUGACAGUGCCCUUCGCUCGCUAUUUGGCGAUGAACAAGAUCACCAACAUUAAGCGCUACCACAUUGCUAAGGUCUACAGGCGGGACAACCCGGCCAUGACCAGGGGCCGCUACAGGGAGUUCUACCAGUGUGAUUUUGACAUCGCUGGCCAGUUUGACCCAAUGAUUCCCGAUGCUGAGUGCCUGAAGAUCGUGCACGAGAUCCUGAGUGACCUGCAGCUCGGGGACUUUCUCAUUAAGGUCAACGAUCGGCGCAUCCUUGAUGGGAUGUUCGCAGUUUGCGGUGUCCCAGACAGCAAGUUCCGAACGAUCUGCUCCAGUGUUGACAAACUGGAUAAGAUGCCAUGGGAAGAAGUGAGGAGCGAGAUGGUAGGAGAGAAGGGGCUCUCUCCCGAGGCUGCGGAUCACAUCGGGGAAUAUGUCCAGCUUCACGGUGGCCUGGACCUGAUCGAACAGCUUCUCCAGGACCCAAAGCUGUCCCAGAACAAGCUGGCCAAGGAGGGGCUGGGGGACAUGAAGCUGCUGUUUGAGUACCUGACCCUGUUUGGCAUCACGGGGAAGAUCUCUUUCGACCUGAGCCUGGCACGGGGUCUGGACUACUACACGGGGGUGAUCUUUGAGGCUGUCCUGCUGCAGCCGGAGAAUGACCAUGUGGAGGAGCCAGUCAGCGUUGGGAGCGUGGCUGGAGGCGGUCGCUAUGACGGGCUGGUGGGGAUGUUUGAUCCCAAGGGACGGAAGGUGCCCUGCGUGGGAGUCAGCAUUGGGAUCGAGCGGAUCUUCUCCAUCCUAGAGCAGAGAGUGGAGGCCUCUGAGGAAAAGAUCAGGACAACAGAGACGCAGGUGCUGGUAGCCUCUGCCCAAAAGAAGCUCCUUGAAGAGCGGCUGAAGCUCAUCUCUGAGCUGUGGAAUGCUGGAAUCAAGGCAGAAGUGCUGUACAAGAAGAACCCCAAGCUGCUGAAUCAGCUGCAGUACUGCGAGGACACGGGCAUCCCUCUUGUUGCCAUUGUGGGUGAGCAGGAGCUCAAGGAUGGAGUUGUCAAGCUGCGAGUCGUGGCCACCAGGGAGGAGACAUGGACCAACAGUAUCAACCAGACCAAUAAGGUGGCCCUGCUUGCCUGGGCAAAAGAAAACGGCAUCGACCUGGUGCAGAUCAACGGGCAGAGGCGAUAUGGUGGCCCCCCCCCAGGCUGGGUGGGCGACCCCCCACCGGCUGGCACAGAGGUGUUCAUCGGGAAGCUGCCGCAGGAUAUGUACGAGAACACGUUGAUCCCGCUCUUCCAGAGAGUGGGAAAGCUCUACGAGUUUCGCCUCAUGAUGACAUUCAGCGGGCUCAACCGGGGCUUUGCCUACGCCAAGUACAGCAACCGGCACAGUGCCAAGGAGGCCAUCGCUGCCUUCAACAACUUUGAGGUACGGGAGGGCUACGCCAUUGUGGUGUGCAAGAGCACGGAGAAGUGUGAGCUGAGCAUAGAUGGCUUGGCCACCUCGGUGAGCCGGCGAGAGCUGGAGGCUGUGCUGCGGCGAGUCACGGAGGGGGUCCUCAGUGUCACCCUGUACACCAGCCCCUGCCGGAAACGGGCCCAGCUCGCUGUGCUGAAAUACACGUCGCACCAGGCUGCUGCCAUGGCCAAGAAAACCCUGAUGGAAGGGAACGUGAGGCUCGGUGGGCUGGAGAUGCGGGUGGACUGGCUGAACCCCGAUAUGAAGCAGAAACUGCAGUCGUGUGAGAAGAAGCCAUCGUCCAGCCGGGUACAAGGGAGCAAGUGCCUGGGGGUCCCCAAGCAGGUGCCCCAGUCUCCAGUGCUGCACAAUGUGCUGGACUGCCUGAACACCCUGUGCCAGAGGCAGUACCUGGGGACCCCCCUGUUCCUCACCAAGUGUGUCCAGGCAAACGCCAACGGGUGGCUGUGGUUCUGGUGCUGGGUGGUAAUCCCAGGGUGCCCUGUGCCCUUCAGUGGGUUCGCAUGGGUCCGGCAGGAUGGGACAGGCAGGAGCGGGCAUGAGGAGGCGAAGAUUGCACUGGCGCUGCAGGUUCUCCGGAUGCUAGGUGAGUCCUUGCACAGCGUCGGUGCCAACCCCCUGCCUUUCCCAAAGUCUUGGAGCAUUUCCUGGGAGUGUGGAGCUGUAGUGUUUCUGGUGCAUGGGGGGACCCAGCCUGGCAGGCAGGGCUGAAACACUGUCACUGCCAACCCCGCCAGAUGUGACCCCGGUGGCUCUGAGCUCUGGGUGGGAUUCCUGGUUGGAAGCAGAGGACACAAGGGGAGGGCUUUUUGGGGUGCUGCUCCCCACAGCACUGCACAGAGCCUCACGCUUUCCUCCCCACUGCAGGAUGCCAGCUGACGUAGGCAGCCGUUCUGCCCAAACCAUGAGUUGAACCUGAGCCGCCAGCCUCGGUGCCGCUGGCCGCAGGAGCGGCGUGCGAGCCUUGCUGGGGACCUGUUCCUGUUCGAGUUUGUUUGGGUUUGUUUUGAGAGCUGGCUGUGGAGGAUAGGGCUGCUGGCCUGGUCCAUGACAGCUCCCCUGUCCCCGGCCGGCCCUUGGGGACGGUUCUGGUUUUUUGGGAUGUAGGUUUACAUGCCCAGUUUGGCUUCUUUUAAGUUGGUUUGUGUUGCUCUGCUGCAGUGGAGGGGGUCGGUGCAGGUUUUGGGAGAAGCAGCAGCUGCUUGGAGAGACUGCCAGUGUCGGCUGGGGAGGCGGAGGGGACACUGGGGGCUGCCAGGGCUCACUGGAGGACCGUCUCUCCUCUGUUGGCAUGCCUGGUUCCUGAAGAACAGCCUCAGGUGAGGACAAGGCCACACAUGCUGGCCGUCCUGGUGAACGGGGGAUGUUCCAUGGGCAUGUGGAGCUGCUUUUUAAUGAGGGAAGUGUCUGCAGGUUCUGGGAGGUGCAGGGCUGUUUGUGUUGCGGGGAAGCAGCCGUGGGGUUACCGGCUGUCUAUGAAUGAUUCCUUGGGACCAGGAGGUCUGGCCACAAUGUUGUUCAAAUGGUAUUAAAGUAGCCUGGAAAGCA